GCGGAGUGUGCUUUAAUGGACAAUGUACUGCUAUGUAUGCCUGAAGUACUUGAGAUGCAAAUUUGGGACAACUUUACCAUCUAAAUGCUUGGCUGGAUUAAGCGCCUGAUGAGGAUGGUUUUUCAACAAGUUGGAGUAAGCAUGCAAUCGGUACUUUGGUCUGGAAAACCAUAUGGUUCAUCUCGAAGUAUUGUAAGGAAAAUUGGUACUAACUUAUCUCUGAUUCAGUGUCCAAGAGUUCAAUUUCAGCUUACCAGCCAUGCAACAGAAUGGAGUCCCAACCACCUGGGAGAGGAUGCAGUGGUAUCUUUUGCUGAUGUUGGAUGGGUAGCCACAGAAGGAGGAGAGUGUUCAACAAUACUAAGGACAGAAGUCAGGUCAAAGCCACCCCUUCACGAAGACCUUCCUUUCUUUGAGAAGCCCCCAAGCAGGCAUAUUUCCUUACCAAACUUGUCUCAAGAAGAGCCUCCACCGAAGACUACAACACUGGCCAAUGAGGAAGCCCUGCAAAAGAUCUGUGCACUUGAAAAUGAACUUGCUACUCUCAGAGCUCAGAUUGCCAAAAUCAUAACCCUGCAAGAGCAACAAAAUCUCACUGCAGUAGGUGACUUGGUUUCUGCUACGUCUGUUACCACGGCCCCACCUCCUCCUCCACCACCACCACCACCACCACCUCCUCUACCCGCUCCACCAGGGCUCCACCAAAGUAAAUCUGCUAUUGAUUUGAUUAAAGAGCGAAGAGGGCAAAAAGCCAGUGCUGGAAAGACUUUGGCUAAGAACAAUCCAAAGAAAUCUGACAUGCCAAAUAUGCUAGAAAUCCUUAAAGAUAUGAAUAGUGUAAAACUUCGGUCAGUUAAGAGGUCAGAGCAAGAUGUAAAGCCCAAGCCAGUAGAUGCUACUGACCCUGCUGCCCUCAUAGCAGAAGCUUUGAAAAAGAAAUUUGCUUAUCGGUAUCGAAGCAAUAGCCAAGGUGAAGUUGAAAAAGGAUCUCCAAAGUCUGAAUCAGAGACCACCUCAGAGACAGCCUUGUUUGGGCCACAUAUGUUGAAGUCUACAGGAAAAAUGAAGGCUUUAAUUGAAAAUGUUUCAAAUUCCUAAUGGACAAUGAGCUGAGAAAAAUUUCCUGCUUCAGCUGGUUUGUGAGGGCUGAAUUUGGCUAGUAGAAAUUGACACUAUUUAGUAAAUACCUGACUUUAGUAUUCAGUGGUCUCCUUUUUAACCUAGAGGAUUAAGCAAUAAUGGAAGCACCAUAACUUUGUUUUGCUUUAUGAGAUGGUCAGUUCUGGAGCUUCCCAUAACAUACUGAAUUCUGAUAUGUUUUUCAAGUAUAGCCAGGAGAUGGAGGCUUCCAAUCUUGAAAACAUUCCUAAGAUUUCAGAACACAGAAAGGACAUUUGUGGAUUUUACUGUGCAUUUAAAAUUCUUAACACUAAUUUAUCUGUACAAAUGUUUUAUAUACAUAUGUUUGGAUAUAAAACAGUUUAAAAAU